AAAAAAAAAUUUACAAAAUUUUCUGAUAUCAUUCAUCGAAUGACUUUCUUACCAAGAAGGGUGGAGAUAGAGAGGUGUGAACGUGCAAGCACGUUUUUAUAAGUUGUAAAAAAGCGUCAAUUUCAUCAGCCAGCAGCAUGUUUUACGUUGUGAAAUAUUUAUAUGGAUUAUUGGCCCAGCAAUAUGCUGAUCAUGCGGACCCCCGUGUAAAAGACUGGCCUUUGGUCUACUCGCCAGUGAUUCCGGUCAGCAUUAUAGCCUUGUAUUUAUUGUUCGUCCUGAAAUACGGUCCAAAAUGGAUGGAAAACCGCCAACCAUUUGAAUUGAAAAAUAUAAUGCGUGUCUACAAUGUCAUACAAGUUAUAGCCAACUUGGUCCUAUUUGUUUGCGCCAUUCCGAAUUCGUAUGGCCAUAGAAACUUUAGCUUUCGCUGCCAACCUCCGGAACCAACAAAUACCGAACCAUGGAUGAUGAAUUGUCUUUAUGUAACCUAUGGCUAUUAUUUAACAAAGUAUUUGGACCUUUUCGAUACGAUAUUCAUUGUGCUGCGUAAGAAAACACAACAAGUGACAUUCCUGCAUGUCUAUCAUCAUGCCGGUAUGGUAUUAGGGGUUCAUUUAUACAUCACAUUCUUUCCAGGAAGUCACUCCACCAUGUUGGGUGUCAUAAAUCUGCUCGUGCAUACCGUUAUGUAUGGCUAUUAUUUUAUUGCCUCCGUGAGACCAUCAACAUCAUCGCUGUGGUGGAAACGUUACAUAACGCAAAUGCAGUUGGCACAAUUUGCCUAUUUGGCAUUCCACUUUUUGCAAGUGGUCGUCAACAAUUCCUGCAAUCAUCCAUUUCUAAUAGCAAUUGUUGGAUUUAUGCAAAAUAUUUUCAUGUUUUCACUAUUUUUCGAGUUCUACUACCGGACAUACAUGAGAAAGGACAAGAAGGUGAACACUGCAGCUGUGGGAGUAGCAAAUGAGAAACAAUUGAAAUCAAGUUAGAAAGAAGAUGUAAUUGUUUUAAAUUUUAAUAAUUAUUCUAGUAAGAAUAAAUAACAAUAUUAAAUUAUAUUCUGAUUUUGAAGAAAUAAAUAAAUAUUAGCGACAAGA